AACAGGCCUGCCAGCCAGCCGCCUUUCGAAACCGAGCACCAGGGAGCAGACGCGGUCUCUGGAACCCAGGUUCCAGCGAGCAAACCAUCUAACCAGGCGCUGAGAAUUCUGUGCGGAGGAGGCGGAUGGCAAUGGUGGCGGCGGCGGAGGGGAGCGGGCGCAGGGACGCCGAGGCGGAGCUCAACCUGCCGCCAGGGUUCCGGUUCCACCCAACGGAUGAGGAGCUCGUGGUGUACUAUCUCUGCAGGAAGGUAGCGCGGCAGCAGGUGCCCGUGCCCAUCAUCGCGGAAGUGGAUCUUUACAAGUUCGAUCCGUGGGAUCUGCCCGAGAAGGCGUUGUUUGGUCGCAAGGAGUGGUACUUCUUUACGCCGCGGGACCGCAAGUACCCAAACGGCUCGCGCCCCAACCGCACUGCCGGAAAGGGGUACUGGAAGGCGACUGGGGCCGACAAGUCGAUCGUGCCCAUGGGCAGCACCAGGGCGGCGGGGAUCAAGAAGGCGCUGGUGUUCUACUCUGGCAAGGCGCCCAGGGGCGUCAAGACGGACUGGAUUAUGCAUGAGUACCGCGUCGCUCAAGCGGACCACACCCUGGGGAAGAAGGGCUCACAGAAGCUGGACGAGUGGGUGUUGUGCCGGCUGUAUAACAAGAGAAACAAUUGGGACAAGGUGAAGGUCGAGGAGCAGGAGUUGGAGGCGGCGCCGCGCCGACAGCAUCACUUGCAGAGCGCGGAGGAUUCCAUGUCUAACAGUUUCCAGACGCACGACUCGGACAUCGACAACGUCUUCGAGCUACAAAAUUGCUACGGUAACAACAUGGUGCAAGGGCAGGCCAUGACCCCCAGGAACGACAUUGGCGUCGUGACGGUGAAGGAGGACAACGACUGGUUCACCGACAUGAAUCUGGAUGAUUUGCAGGCAUCCUACAACAUGGCCCAUACGGUGAAUCCGAACCCGGCCCAAACCGCGAACCUGGUGGCAGGGCAAGGCCAUGGCUACUUGCAAGGCUAUGGCUACUUGCAGUACAUGAACUCACCGUCGAUGAAGAUGUGGCAGACAAUCUUGCCUCCGUUCUGAGUGUCCACGAUGAAGAUGAGUGUCCACGAUGAAGAGAUGCUCUUGUACAUAAGGGGACAUAGGAGUGACUAGACUGGAAUAGAAACAACAGGGUAUGAUUCUGUAUCUAUAGGCUUGUAACGUUUAUUCAUUCGUUAGAUAAUACGUAUGUGGUUGGUAAUACC